AUGUAAAAAUUAUACAUAUUAGCAUUGCUAUUGACUAUAGUAAUAUCUCAAGAGAGUUUUCUUGAAAAAUAAAAGCAUGUGAAAUAACAAAAGGAUUUAUCAACAGAAAUAUAUACAAUUAAAAAAAAAGGAUUACCUACAUUUUUAGGGAGAAGUUCAGAUGACUCAAUUAAAGAAUAGUUAUCAUCUCUAUUGAAUUAUGAAGAGGCUCUUAAAUUAACACCCUCUGAAACAGAAGAACAUACAAUUAAAUUUAUUGAAUCAAUGUUCAUUAUUGAUUAACCAAAUCCUAAUGCAGUAAGAGCUACAGAAAAACCAGAUUAUCAUCUAUUUGAAAAUAGUGUAGCAUAAAAGAAAGUUUAUAGCAAUGAAAAAGUGACUACAUUUUAAGAUGGUUGUAUUUAUGUUUUUAGUGAAUGCAAUUUCAAGGGUUAACAUGCAAAAUCAUGUCCAGGGGAUAAUGUAACCUUCUUUGGAUUGCCUUUUGAAGUUUUAUCUAUUCAUUUACCUGAUAAAGGAUCAUUGAGUCUAAUUUAAGAAAAUGGAACUACUGCAUAUACAGUUACUAAUAAAUGUAUGAGAAGUAGACCUAUUGAAUUCUUAUUUAUUGAGGGUGCAAUUUAAUAAUCAUUUGGAAAUGGAUAAAUAUACAUAGACUAAUGAA